AUGACACAACCUCUCCAUGAAUCAGACAUCCUUUUCCCCUACCAAUCCAACACACCUUCCUUCUCAACAACGCUUUCCACACUCCGUCGCUCCACGCUCUCCCUCCACAACCGCCUAUCCUCCAUCACAUCUGACAGCUUCUUCGUCACAUCUGUCGCUUCUGCUUACAAUCUGCCGCUCAUCGCCAACGAGCGUUGUGGCAGCUGGUACAUUCCCACCACGCAAAAGGCUGGGAGUGUGUAUUUCAAGAGCACAGACGGACACAUGGGCCAAUGGAAAUUUAGCCUUCGACGGUUGAAUUUGCAGUUGCUGGAUGUGGUGGCGGAGAAGGGUGGGGCUAUAGUGGUGGAUAGUACGAGGAGGGGAAAGAGUAUGCCGGAUGCUUUGAGCAAGACUGUGCCAAUCUGGUGUGCGGUUGUUAAUAGGGCGGUUUUUGGAGAGGCAGUAGAGGAGGGGAGGUUGUAUGUGCCGCCAAGCGUGGUGGGAGAAAGUGAGAGGGUGCAGAUGGAGGGAAGGAUUGCGGGGUUUUUGAAGCAAUUUAGGGAGGUUUGCAAACCGCAUAUUCCCACUCUCCGAGCCAAACUUACAAAACCUCUUCGCCCCAUUUGGAUUACCCAAGCAUCCAGUCUUCCCCCGGCGCCACCAUCAUUCCUGGAUUUCUACCCAAUCGUCCUGUGUACAGCUUCCCGUCGCGUCCAGGGGGCCGAGAUUUCGGAGAAUGGCUAUGUCCAGGGUGCAGCUGAUGAUCACGAAGCCUGGGCACAUGGUCUGACACCACCGCUUUUUUGGGCCAACAAAGAUUUGCUUCUAAACACCUCCGAAGAGGACGCACCAAGUGUCAUUGAAAAGUUAGUCGCCGAUGAGCAAGGCCCAAUAGCGACCGCUACACUCAUCCGACCAACAAAAAACCUAUACAUUUCGGCCUGCGAGGGCAUAAACCCAAGCGACUUCGACGCAAUCAUCGAAUGCACACCAACCCCUCUCCUGACCCAAGCCUCCAAAGAAAAGGCCCAGACUCAGACUCCAAGACACCAUCUCCACCUCGCAUGCCAAACAGGCAAACUCGGCUCCCGCACCCUCCGCACCCAACUCCCCAAACUCCCCGCCUUCCUCGCCUCCCUCGCCUCCCUCUUGCAACCCAAGAUCCUCGUCUGCUGUCCAACGGGCAAAGACCUGUCUGUCGGUGUCGCCCUCGCCAUCCUAUGUCUUGCAGCCGACGACCAAGGAGUCAUGGACGGCAGAUUGCAAGCCCAAGGCAUCACAAAAGACCUGAUUAAGCAAAAACUCAGCUGGAUCACCACCAGUAACCCGGCCCUCAACCCCAGCCGCGCAACCCUCCAAGCCGUCAACGCCGUGCUCUUUGCAAGACAGACUCUAAACCCUACUCCCCUCGUCCACUCCCCUGAACCCGCAACACAUGACCCAACAUGCCCACCCCGCCAACUGUCAAUUCCAGAACGCAUCUUCACAGUCCUCCACACACCCUCCCAGCCCUGGACCUUCACUCGUACACUCUCCUCCGUCCUGCCCACCCACCCCUCGGGCCGCGUAACAGGCACCGCGACAUUUACACCCUGUGCGCCUGGGGCACAGGGGGCGCCGGCCCUGCUGUACGCUGAACAGGGCGAGUUUACGCUGGCUAAUGGGAUGAAGUUUGGUGUGCAGCGGCGCUAUGUCUAUCUGCUUGAAGAGGGAAAUGGACGCGGUGAUGAAAAGUCAGAGACGGAGCCAGAGAAAGAAGAAAAAGGUAACCCACAAGAACAAACGACCCCAACGGCACCAACAUCCCCAUUCCCCCCUCCAAACGCCCCAAGUCAAAAAUUCAUAACCAUACACUUUUACAACGACGACGCCGCCAACACAAACACAAACACAAACACAAACUCCGCGAUAAACAAAUCACACACUCCCCCCCACAACCCCGCUCCCGUCCAAAACCCACAAAUUGGAGAUGUAUUCGUUGAAAUGGAUACACUGCGCUUGAGUGGCCGGCCUGCUUCUUCUUCCUCCACCUCCUCCGCCUCCCCUCCAGAUCACUGGCUCGCAAGAAACAAAGCACAACAUCUUUGUGCCGAGGACUUGUAUACUGCGAGUUGGAAGUUUAGUGCUGGGAUGGUUGGUUGUGGUCAUGGUCAUGAUGGCGGUGGUGAUGGGGAUGGGGGUAGUAACGCAGGGACUGGGUCUGGAGUUUGGGACGAGGGACAUGUGUGGUGGGAAGUGCGGUAUGAUGCCAAGGGGCCGAAGAAGGAUUAUUCGAGUGUGACGAGGUAUGUGCGAAUGUAG